AUGAAAUACUUCAAUAUCCACAUUAUCUGCGCUGCAGUGGCCUUCGGCCUCUUGGGCUCAGCCAAGGGUUUGGAUGAAAGUAUUAUCGCAACGGUUGUUGAUCUGCCCUCUUUCAUCAAGGAGUACCAGCUUCAUGCAAGUUACCUUAGUGCUGCAGCAAGAGCAAGCAGGUUAUCCAAUGUCACUUCAAUGAUGCACCUUGGCAGCUUGCCUGGGGGCUUUUUAGCUUUUGUCUCAACUUACUGGAUUGGCCCACUAUGGACCAUGCGGCAGUUAUGCCUGCUCUGGAUCAUCGGCGUGGUUGUUUUCAUUACAUCGGCUGGCAAUAUGGGUCAACUCAUUGCUGGUCGGUUUAUCAUGGGUAUGGGUGUCGGCCAGGCUGGUGUUGUUGGUCCUAUUUACCUAGCCGAAGUGGCACCAACCGCUUCUCGAGGUCUAUUGGUCGGUCUCUAUGCAUCAUCGGAAUAUGUUGGAGUUUUAAUCGGGUACUUUUCCGGGUGGGGAGCCUCGCUUCAUAUAUCUGGCGAUAGCAACACGCAAUGGAUUCUACCAGAAAGUAUCCAUAUCAUGAUGGCCGGGGUGUUACUACUUUUCUCAAUCGGCUGCGUUGAGAGUCCCAGAUAUUUGGUCUACAGUGGUCACGUAUCAAGGGCUACAAGAAAUCUUGCUAAGCUACGGGGUUUUAGCCCAGAGGAUUCCCGUAUCAUUGAAGAGGUACAAAGUAUUCAGCGUGAGGUUUCCCCAGAGAAAACCACAGGCAAGUCCAAGUGGUCCUUUGUAGGGUCAUGGAAAGCACUCUUUGCAAGAGCCAAUCUCCAGCGAUGGAUGUUUCUUUUGUCUGCGCAACUUCUCAGUCAAUGGUCCGGAACAAAUGCUAUCACAACUUACGCGCCUAAGUUUUUCGCGCUGUUGAAUGUGGCCGGGAAUUCCGAAAAACUGUUCAAAACAGCUAUUUUCGGAGUAGUAAAAUUGGUCUCUGCGCUUAUUAGCGCAUUCUUCUUCGUUGAUCGCUUUGGAAGAAAACGCACUCUCUUAGGAGGAAUCGUACUUCAGAUCCUCGCUUUGCUCUACAUUGCAAUCUUCAUAACAACCUGGGAUGCAGCUGGCAAGCCAGACUCCAGUAAUGCGCUUAGAGCAGCUGUCGGUUCCGUGGCUGCCCUAUACGUUACGGGAGUCGGCUAUGCUUUCGGAUGGAAUUGCAUCCAAUAUCUGAUUAAUGCUGAGAUUCUUCCUUCAGAAGUACGUACACUGGGGACAAGUCUCCUCAUGUGUGUUCAUUAUGCCAAUAAGUUUGCACUGGUGAAGGCUAAUGAUUACAAGGCCCUUCCAAGUAUGAUGCUUGAUGAUGCUUUGCAGCCCAAGGGGACGUUUUGGUUCUUCUUUGCUGUUGCAUCGAUAGGUCUUGUCUGGGGCAUUGUCUGGCUGCCAGAAACUUCACAGAAAAGCUUGGAGGAAACAAGCGUUGCGUUUGAGAAGCAGUCGACAGAGAGCCGUGAUGAGUUCAAGAUAUAG